AUGAGCUCAUCCCUCCCUCUCUUCCCCUCAGACCUCCCUUUCCUCCCCACUCCUCUCACUCCCCCUCAGACCUCCCUCUCCACUCCUCUCUCCCCCUCAUUCCUCCCUCAUACUCUCCACUCACUUACCCUCAUCUCUCACUCACCCUCAUCCCUCCCUCUCCUCACCUCUCACUUGCCCUCAUUCUCUCCUCUCCUCCUUCCUUCUCCUCCCCUCUCACUCACGGACAUGCCUCCCCCUGUCCUCUCCCCCUCUCCUCACCCCUCACUCACCAUUACAUAA